GAGGUAGGCCCAGAGGCGGGCUGUAGUGCUCCCCGGCACCUCCCCCGCCUUAUUUUGAGAACGGCGGGGAAAAGCUCGCGUGAGAUAAAAUUGUAAGGAAAGCUGGCAGUCUGACAAAUGCUUAUGUUUAUGAAGUGGGCCCUGGGCCUGGCGGAAUCACAAGAUCCAUUCUCAAUGCUGGUAUUGCUGAACUUCUGGUGGUUGAAAAGGAUAGUCGGUUUAUUCCUGGAUUACAGAUGCUUUCUGAUGCAGCACCUGGAAAACUGAGAAUUGUCCAUGGAGAUGUGUUGACAUUUAAGAUAGAAAGGGCUUUUCCAGAAAGUCUCAAAAGACAGUGGGAGGAUGAUCCUCCAAAUGUACAUAUUAUUGGAAAUCUGCCUUUUAGUGUAUCAACUCCACUGAUUAUUAAGUGGCUUGAAAACGUUUCUCAUAGAAAUGGACCUUUUGCUUAUGGCAGAACCCAGAUGACACUGACUUUUCAGAAGGAAGUGGCAGAGAGACUUAUAGCCAGUAAGGGAAGCAAGCAGCGUAGUCGUCUUUCCAUCAUGGCCCAGUACCUCUGCGACGUUCAGCACGUCUUGACAAUUCCAGGUCGGGCUUUUGUCCCCAAACCAGAGGUGGAUGUGGGGGUGGUGCACUUUACCCCCCUGACUCAGCCCAAGAUAGAGCAGCCGUUCAAGCUGGUGGAGAAAGUGGUUCAGAAUGCAUUUCAGUUCCGAAGGAAAUACUGCUAUCGAGGGCUUGGAAUGUUAUUCCCUGAAGCUCAGCGCAUGGAACGCACUGGGAAACUGUUAGAGUCGGCGGACGUGGACCCUACUCUUCGACCCACCCAGCUCUCGGUCUCUCAUUUCCAGAGCCUCUGUGACGUGUACCGGAAAAUGUGUGAUGAAGACCCACACCUCUUUGCUUACAACUUCAGAGAAGAACUCAGGCACACGUCAGAAAAGAGAGAGAGAGAUGACGGGGAGAGUUAGACUGCAGCUGCUGCCCGAGGCCCCAGCAGCCUGCCGGGGCCCACGUGCAGUGGUGAGCUGCUCUGGGUGCUCACCCGCUGCGCUGCGACCUCUUUCCCUUGUACGGCUUGGUGAAGAGAAUAAACGUCAUCAAAUGAGAUACAGUACAAGCUUUCUUUUAAUAUACAUACUGCAUAGAUAUGACAUGUUUAGUAUAAACAGCAUCUGUUACAACCUUACAAAAAUGAAAUAUCUGCACAGGGUAACCCCUAACCCACAUUAGAAUAAUUUAAAUACGCUUUAAAUAAAGCGAAAUCUAACAGCUCAAAGAAAAUGCCCAGAGAAUUGGAAAAAAAAAGAGAGCUUUUAAAAGCUAUUGAUCACAACCUCCUACCUUUUUCCACAUAAAUUAAUUAGAAUUCAGUUUGAUGUUUAGGAUUCAAAGUCAUUUUGAUACCUGCUCAAAAGGGAUAUAAAGUAAAGUAAGUCAUUUACAAAUUCUGAUCAGUUUAAUCUAGUUUUCUGAUCCACAAUAAAUUAAAAUAACUUAAAUCUUUACAGCUACUUGGGGGAAAAUGUAUACUGCACAGAACCCAAUCAUGAACAGUUUUUCUGCAAUUUCCAUUUCACCACCAGUUUAAAAGUGGCGCCAUCUCUGGAUUGGAACUGUACUAGGACUUGCCGUGGCUCUCUGUCUCGUAAAAACACUCCUCGUUGACCACCGAUGUUAAGCUCUGGACGCUGAAUUCUCGCUCGAGGACAGAGCUGAAGUCAAGGUUGGCACUUUCAGGUUGACUGUCCAGGGACUGGUGACGAGUCUGCGCCUUCAGCAGAGUUCCCCUGUCCCUCUUGGUGCUGUUGGCUUUCCGUUUGAUGGCGCAGAAGUGCCCCCGGACCAGCUUGGGCUGCGGGCUGUCCUUGCUGGGCUGCUGCUCGGCCGGAUGGGCGUCGGGGUCCUCGGAGAUCCUCAGUCUCUGGAACUGAAGCUCGAUGUCUUUGGUGGGGCUGCCCUGCCUCCGAGCCUGAUGGUAGUCGUCCUCGUCGUCGCUCAGGAUGUCGCUCUCCUUGAUGAGGCUGUCAGAGAGGUCCGCCAGGCCGGCGUGGGGCUGUCUCUGGGCAUCGUGUGGGCUCCCGGUCGGGGGGCAACCACUGCUCUGGGUGCCGCUGCUCAGGCUGCCCUCAUCCGAGUCCAGCGAGCUGCUCUUGCCCGGCUCUCCGGGCCACUCGCUGCUGGAAGAAUUCUUGAGCACUCUUAAGGACCUGGAUGAAGCUGCAAUGAGAAAAGCAUGUUUCUCCUUAGGAUAGAGGAACCGAUUCCAUCGUGUGUCAUUUUCUCAUUGGAGGUUAUCAGAUUUAACAUCUUUUUGGGGGCGGGGGCAGUGGUGGCUGCACCCAGGGCAUAUGGGAGUUCCAAGGCUAGGGGUCAGAUCAGAGCUGCAGCUGCCGGCCUACACCACAGCUCACGGCAAUGGCAGAUCCUUAACCCACUGAGCGAGGCCAGGGAUCGAACCUGCAUCCUCAUGGAUACUAGUCGGGUUUGUAACCUUCUGAGCCACAACGUGAAUUCCCAGAUUUAACAUCUUAAAAUUUUACCACCUCCCUUCAAUUACCAACUAUCCUAGGACUGGGGGAAGAAAAGGGAGAUACCGAAAAUAGGGACAUUUUUUACUUAUGUUUAUUUGAAAUUUUAAGUUGGGGAAUUGGAUUUUUUUUUUAAUUUUUAAAUUUUUCUGUCUUUUUGGGGCUGCACCCGCAACAUAUGGAGAUUCCCAGGCUAGGGGUCCAAUCUGAGCUGUAGCUGCUGGCCUACGCCAGAGCCAUAGCAAUGUGGGAUCCAAGCCGCGUCUGCAACCUACACCACAGCUCACGGCAACACCAGAUCCUUAACCAACUGAGUGAGGCCAGGGAUCCAACCUGUGUCCUCAUGGAUGCUAGUUGGGUUCUCUGACUGCUGAGCCACGACAGGAAGGCUGAAUUUGGCAUUUUUAGAUGACCAGAGUUUAUUAUUAUUUAGAACAGUGAACUAUAUAACAAGGGCUAGGAUUUUUUUUUUUUUUUUUUUUUUUUUUUUUUUUUUUUUUUUGCUAGUGGGUAAAUUUAAAAGUUAGGUUUUUUUUUUUUUUUUUUUUUUUUUCUCCAUUAAAGUACUUUGUAGUUUGAGAACUAAGAUUACACCAUAUUUCUCUGCCUACCUUCUCACCUGUUUAUUUCCCUUGCUGCCCAAUUAAAAGUAGAAAGAUGCUCUUUCUCUCAUGAGAGCUGUCUCUGCUGGAAUUUCUAGCCAACUUUGAGAUUAAAUAUGAAUAUUCAA